GGCGGAACUAGCGCGCGGAGGCUAACAGUCGGACAAAACAAUGGCUUUAUUAGGCUAAUUCCGUCGUGUCGCGAGUGACGUCACGGCGUGCAGUUGGCCUGCAGUGACGUCAUACCGCGUGUGGCAGUGUGGAGGAGGUCUGAGUGAAGUCGGCUCUGGAGCACUCUAGUGUUUAUUAGCAUCUAAAAAAAGAACCCUUUAUUCGUCACCUGCACACUUCAAGCACAGCAAGAUUCAUCCUCUGCAUGUAACCCAUCUGAAGCAGUGAACACACACACACACACACCCAGAGCAGUGGGCAGCCACGCCAGAGCGCCCGGGGAGCAGUCAGGGGUUCGGUACCUCACUCAAGGGCACCUCAGCCCAAGGCCGCCCCACGUCAACCUAACUGCAUGUCUUUGGACUGUGGGGGAAACCGGAGCACCUGGAGGAAACCCACGCGGACACGGGGAGAACAUGCAAACUCCGCACAGAAAGGCCCUCGCCAGCCAUGGGGCUCGAACCCGGAACCUUCUUGCUGUGAGGCGACAGUGUGAACCAUUACACCACCAAUUCCUUGUGGUGUUGUUGCCGUGGUGAGGAAUGCCGAGCGGUGUGGAGUACGGAGAGUUGGGGGAGAGUCUGCCUGCCAUCUCCUCUCUCAACGCCUCAUACUCACAAGCGUCUCUGUCAGCUCACUCGAGUCGUUACCUCCCUCUGCCCCCCACUGAGAGGAGAAACAUCUCGGACGUCCGCCGCACCUUCUGCCUCUUCGUGACCUUUGAUCUCCUCUUCGUGUCUCUGCUCUGGAUCAUCGAGCUGAAUAUUCAUAAGAGUAUCUGGCUGAAUCUGGAGAGGGAAGUCGUUGACUACAAUUUCAGAUCCUCCUUCUUUGAUAUCUUUCUGUUGGCAGUCUUCAGGUUUUUGUGUUUACAGAUUGCAUACGCUGCUUUCAAACUGAGACAUUGGUGGGUCAUCGCGAUCACGACUCUGGUGACGAGCGCCUUCCUUAUUACCAAAGUCAUCAUUUCAGAUUUAUUUACAGAGAAUGCGUUCGGGUAUGUUCUCCCCAUCACCUCCUUCAUUAUUGCCUGGCUGGAAACCUGGUUCCUCGACUUCAAGGUGCUCACUCAGGAGGCGGAGGAUGAGAGAGCAUACCUGGCAGCGGUGAAUGCAGCGUGCGAGAGCGGCCGCCUGAUUUACCCCAGAGCCCUCUCAGAGGGACAGUUUUACUCCCCACCAGAGUCACUCGCAGGUUCUGAUGAUGAUCUUGAUGAAGAAGGUCUCGGUAGAAGAGCAGUGACUGCACAGGAGAGGGAGUUUGUGCGACAGGGCCGGGAGGCGAUGGCGAUAGUGGAGCAGAUCCUCACACAGGAGGAGAACUGGAAAUUCGAGAAGAAUAAUAGUAUGGGUGACUGCGUGUACACACUGGAAAUUCCUUUUCAUGGAAAAACCUUCAUUCUAAAGGCGUUACUGCAGUGUUCAGCUGAGUUGGUGUAUCAGGAAGUGAUUCUGCAGCCAGAGAAGAUGGUGCAGUGGAACAGAACGAUCUCAGCGUGUCAGAUAUUACAGAGGGUUGAUGAUAACACGAGUGUGUCAUAUGAUGUGUCCUCGGGAGCAGCAGGAGUCGUGUCUCCCAGGGAUUUUGUGAACGUACGCAGAGUGGAGAGGAAACGAGAUCGCUACGUAUCUGCUGGAAUGUCGACUGUUCACGCUUCCAAACCCCCUCACCCUCGCUACGUCCGAGGUGAAAAUGGCCCCGGUGGGUUCGUGGUGUUGAAGUCCAGCUCUAAUCCCUCAGUCUGUACCUUCAUCUGGGUUCUGAACACAGACCUCAAGGGUCGACUCCCUCGUUAUCUGAUCCAUCAGUCUCUGUCUGCCACCAUGUUUGAGUUCAUGUCUCACCUCCGUCAGCGCAUCGCUAUUUUCCACUGAACUGGGAGGUGUGGCCAUGACGGGAUAUGCCCUGCCCAUUCUGUGUGAGGAAGAUGUGCUGCUCCCCUCAGGCUGGGAGGGGGAAACACACACGCACGCGCACAGAUUUUAAUGAAGGUAAAAACUGUGAAGACUGCAUAUGAGCAUGAAGUAAUGUUUUUCUUCAUCCUAUUUUCUUAAAUCCUAUUCCUGCUGUGUGUGUGUGUGUGUGUGUGUGCUGUGAGAAACUUAUGGUUACUGCAUGCACACAGGGAGAGUCCCAAUUAACAGUGCUGCAAGAAAGACCAUGUCUAUUAUUAUUAUUAUUAUGAUUAUGAUGUAGUCUUCAGGAGACAGCUUUUUAAAAAUAAUUACCUAGUAAUUAUGGAAACAACAAUCACGUAAUGCCUGUUAAAGAAUUUUUCCCCGCUCAGGAUAAAGUUAACUCUGUAGUUACAGGGGAAAAUUUAUUAAUUGAUUUAUAUUUAACGUUUCAUCUUCAUGUUUUUUUGUCAAUUUUUUUAAAAUUGCAAUAAUUUUUAAUAGUAAUAAAAGUGCAUAGUCUCUGUAUGUCCAUAUAUAAUUAUACUUUUUAAUUUUUUUUUGUUGCUUAUUUUUAUGUAUUUUUCUUAUUGAUGCGUUUGUCUUUAAUUCAGUUGUAAAUGAGUGUAAUGUACUGAUGCUAAAUUAUUUCAAAGUUAUCAAAGUUUAUAUUCAGUCAUGUGCCUGUAAUUCAGUUAUCUUGUAAUUUCUUUUUUUAAUUUUUAUUAUUUUUUUUAAAUUUGUAUACGGUUUAAACGGCAUCCUGACCUCGCCUCGUCCUCAUUGACUGACUGAAACGUGCACUUUAUAUCCUCUUUUUGUAAUAAACUGCUUGUGGAAUAUACUGGAGAAUGAGAAAAGCGUAAUCCUCAGUAAAAUAUGUGUAACAGGCCACACCCCCUGAGGCGAACGCUACAGGACUGCCUCCUCCCAGGAUGCGGGGUGAGAACUGGCGGGAGAUGAACAGUGCCUUAUCUGAGUUCGAUGUUUUAAUUAGAUGAUUAGAGGAGCUGAUUAUCGUUAAAGUUCCAGCUCAGAUCAAUGAAAACAUCUAAAGAUAUAAAAAGCGCAUCAACAAGAUCGGAUUCCGUUCCAUCAGUCAUCAAACCCUGAUAAACACACGGAGUCCCUCACUCCAGAGGAACAUGAUUCAGUGUGUGCUGAUUGGCUGAGAGCAGCAGGGAGGAUCAGGAUCAGGAGGGACCUCUGCGUUCGCUCUGCUGUUUCAGUUCGUCAUCAGUCAUGAGCGCUUCUCAGAAUUUAUUCUCCUUGUGUUUGAUGAUGAACGCAGUGGCUGUUUAUCACACAGGAAUGAAGCAGGACUCGGAUCCACUUCAGCACUGACACUGUGCCACUGAGUGAAACGGCAGAUUGGUGUUCGAUAGCAGAUCAAAAUAAAAGCCGUUCUUGCUGUAAAAUUCCUCGACACUAGAAACUGAACCGUUGAUGUGUUUCCUCACAGGACUGUUAUAUACAUGAUGUAGAAUCCUGCACUCUGUGGGGGGUUGGUGGUGUUUACUGUGUAUAUUUUGUGCCUUUUCAUGCUGAAAUCUCUCUCUCUCUCACACACACAGCACAAUUAUAGUUUUUUUCCUUUAAUGUUUACCCACAUCACUCAUUUUAUUUUUUUUUUAAUUUAAACUCGGGGUUUGCUUGUUUAUAGUGUAGUUUACUGUGUACUUAUAGACAGUAUAUGAUGAAACCAAAUGCUGAACAACUGUAAUAUCGGAGAAAUUAAUUUUUUUUUUUCCAAAUUAAAUGAAGAAGCACUUGGACUGAACUGUACUGCUAAAGAAAUUAACAUAGUAAAAACUCUCCCAGUUUGUUGUCUCUGUGUGAGUGCUGAUGAAUAAAAACCAUUCUGAAUGAAA